AAGUAUAAGAAGGACUUCGAAGAGAGCAAAGGCCGAGGGUUCAGCAUCGUGUCCGACACGCCGGAGAUGCAAAGACUCAGAAGGACUCAGGAGCAGAUUAGUAUCGUAUGUCAAUGUCUGUCAUUGUGUGUGUGUGCGUGUGUGUGUGUGUGUGUGUGUGUCUGUAAUGUGAAAUGUGUGAUUGAUGGAUGCACUUUGGUCGGUGAGCACAAUCAAACACAUUCUCUCAACGCUAAAAGUCCCUUUUAGUGUCAUACUACUGUUGUCUCUCUACGUUCUUCGAGUUUGAGUUGUGAAUGAGAACGGGUUGCACAAUUGACACACACACACACACACACACACACACACACACACACACACACACACAAACCUCAUCAGGCCCCCCAGCGUCAACGACAUCAACUGUGUGAAGAGGAGCUUCUCCUGGAGCCCGUAAGUGUAAGUGAGCAUCAUUUUAUUAUUAUUUAUAUAUUUCAAGUCGAGCUGUCAGUUUUAUUUUUAUUACAAAGGCUUCAACAACAAAAGAAAGACGAUGUUUAAAGCUAAAAGACAACCUGACAACCUGAGCACGUCUGAAGCUAAUCCCGCAACUAGAGGCAUUACGACUUCUCCACAUUUUGAGUACCAGUGCUACAGUAGCUGUCCUGAGAGAAUAGUGUGUGUGUGUGUGUGUGUGUGUGUGUGUGUGUGGUGUGUGUGUGUGUGUGUGUGUGUGUGUGUGUGUGUGUGUGUGUGUGCAGAUGCUGUUCCCCACGGUCCCGAUGCCCCAGUGACUCUCAGCAGAUGACGCCAAGAGGUGACGGACUGAUGGAGGAAGAGGAGGCUCCAGCGGCUCCGGGGUUAGAUGAAGAAAGGAGGGAAGUUACCACGGUGAUGGGACAGGGAGGAGACUCCUUCCAGGAGACGAUGCCGACCACCGUUGUCGUCAACGCGACUGCUAGGACGGAGGUAGAGGAGAAGGUGGAGGUCGGGACUGACAAACUAACAGAGGAAGAGGAGGAAAAGGAAGAGAAAGAGGAGGAGAAUGGAGAGGAAGAGGAGGAAAAGGAAGAGAAUGGAGAAGAAGAGAAGGAAAAGGAAGAGAAUGGAGAAGAAGAGGAUGGAGAGGAAGAGGAUGGAGAGGAAGAGAAUGGAAAGGAAGAGGAGAGUCAAGCUAAGAAGUUGUUGAGACCCUUUGAGGCGUCCUCUGAUGCAAAGCCUCCACUUCCAGACCCAGCAUUCAACAGGAGGUGCAGCCUGCUCAUCAGUGAUGUGAAGUAUAAGGAGGACCUUGAGAAGAUGAGGGGUCAGAGUCUGUUUGUUCCUGGAGCCGAACUCAUCCACUCCAAGAACAUCAGCGCUGUGAUAUCUGAGUCCAAGUACAAAGAGGAGGGAAAGAAGGAGGCGUCCAUGUCUCUGUACUCGGUCCUGGCAGAGACUCCCGAGACUCAGCACGCCAGAGAGGCGUCAGAGCUGCAGAGCGAGAUCAAAUACAAAGGAAACGUGAAGAUUUCCUCGUCUCUUUAUUCUCUCCUGCCGGAAACCACCGAGACCCAGUUUGUCAAAGAGCUGACGGAGAUACUGAGUGAG